CAGCUUCAGAAACUCAACAUAAACUCUGAAGCUUCAUCACAUUUAAUCUUUUUUUUCCUGAUCAACAAACAAAAACAACAAAAUGCUGCGACGGUGUGUCAUAUUGCUGCUGUUUGCCAUGGUUACCGUGUGUCUUUCAGCUCCUGUCCCAGAGGAGACGUCCACAGCUGACGGAAGAGUUGCACCGCUGCUGGAGCACAUGAACAAAGACAGCAGUCAUCAUCAUCACAAUCAUCAUGGACAGGUUUCUACAACAGAGGACACGACCCAAGAUCCGACUGAGGAACCUGGAGCAGGUUCACAAGACCGUAGUAACGGAGACGAUUCCAUGACAGAGGACAUAGAGGAGAACAACACAGCUGGAAGUGAUGUUGACUCAAAUGAUGCUGACUCUGACCCUGUCUCUGAAGAUAAUGGUAACAACAGCCAGAUCAAUGACAACAGCGAGGCCGAUGACGACAGCCAGGCAGAUGACGAUAGCCAGGGCAAUGACAACAGCCAGGGCAAUGACAACAGCCAGGGUAAUGACGAUAGCCAGACCGAUGACGACAGCCAGACUGAUGACAGCCAGGCUAAUGAUGAUAGCCAGACCGAUGAAGACAGCCAGACCGAUGACAACAGCCAGGCUAAUGACAAUAGUCAGACCGAUAACGACAGCCAGACCGAUGACAACAGCCAGGCCAAUGAAAAUAGCCAGGCUAAUGACAAUAGCCAGACCAAUGACCACAGCCAGACCGAUGACCACAGCCAGACAGAUGACAACAGUCAGACCGAUGACCACAGCCAGAGAGAUGACAACAGCCAGACCGAUGACGACAGCCAGGGCAAUGACAACAGCCAGGUAGAUGACAACAGCCAGGGCAAUGACAGCAGCCAGGCCAAUGAAGAUAGCAUGGCCGAUGACAUUAGCCAGACCAAUGACAACAGCCAGGCAGAUGAUGAGAGCCAGGAGGAGGGGGCAGAGAAAGAGAGUGAGGAGGCUAUUAAUGAGGACAAUGGGGAUUCUGAGGAGGAGGCAGAAGUGAAAGAGGAGGGGGGGGGCGUGACCUCAGAGGAGAGCAACACCGAAGAGACAAAUGACAGCACAGGCACUGAUGAAGUCAUGACUGAACCGUCUAGUGAUGACAGCCAGGCUGACGCUGACGCUGACACUGACGACACUGAAACUGAAAAUCCAGACAGCAGUGACUCUGACAGCGGUAACAAUGAUGAGGAGGUUGAGGACAACUCUGCAAAGUUAGAUACUGAUGACUCUGAGCCAAGUCAGGAAACUGAGGUCUCUGAGGAUGAUGGGCAGGAUGACUCUGAGAUGUCGGAACCUGAUGAGUCCGAGCAGCAAGAUCCAGAAACUCCCAUCUCUGAGGAUGAUGGGUUGGAUGACUCUGUAAUGAUGGAUCACGAUGAGUCUGAGAAGCAAAGUCCGGAAACUCUCAUCUCUGAGGAUGAUGGGCAGGACGACUCUGCAAUAUCAGAUCCUGAUGAGUCCCAGCAGCAAAGUCCAGGAACUCCCACCUCCACUGAAGCACCAUCUGCUGACCAACCAGACCAAUCAGACCAACCAGAUGAUUCCACCUCUUCCACGACAAACGCAGCGAAUUAGAUACUCCGCUGAUGAACUGUGGACACUCACCACCUCCAGAGCCAUGCCCACAGUGGACAACAGUUGCUAUUACAACGACAGCAACAAAAACAACAAAACGAUUCCACCUUUAUCUGCAACUAAACUUGGACCUUCAGCUUCCUGUUGCUCUGACCCCUUGCCCUCUGACCCCCCCCCCCC